GCUCCGUAGUAACCCUAUUGAUUUUACGAAAGUAAUUUGUUUGCGCGCGUCAUGCAAAGGUAGACCUCCCUACAAUAAUAACGUCUAAUAGGGUGACCGAACAGCAACGCUACGUUCUAGAAACAUACUACGCUGAACAAUUGCUACACACACACGUCCUAUAGUCCACAGUGAGACAUGAACUUUUACGACCAUAUCAUUUGAAAGUUCAUCUAGUAAAAAUGAUGAAAACGCCAAUUCUUAUAACUUUCUUAGUGCUACUUGCGGUAGUGAGUGAUAUUGGUGCGAGGAAACUGUCUCGCAGUCGGAGUUCAGGCUCUGGUCGCAGUUCCGGUAGAAAAACAAACCAGCAGCCCGCACCAACAUCCUUGAGUUAUCCUCAACCUUCUGCCCAAAAGCCGUCUUUGUUUGGGUGGCAGGAAAAGCCGGCACAAAAACCAAACACUCAAGCUCAUUCAUAUCCUUCGAGCCAUACUGGUCUCUCGGGUAAUAAGCCGUCAAGUAAUCAAGAAAACAUUCAAAAAAGCUACGUGCCUGUACAACAAUCUGCUCCGCAAUCGCAACAAAACAGUCAUUCGGGUCAUUCGUAUCCAGUGUCAAAUGGACUCUCAGGAAGUUCAAGCUCAGGAGGUGGAUCCUCACAACCCAAACAACCACCAAGUUAUCAAGAAAGUGUACAAAGAAGUAGUGUCCAACAAUCUGCGCCUCAAUCGCAACAAAAUAGUCACUCCUAUCCAGUGUCAAACGGACUGUCAGGAAGUUCAAGCUCCGGAGCUGGGUACCCACAAGGACAAGGGUUAUCCGGUCACAAUGCAGCUCCACCUCCAUAUCAAGGCCUAAACACGGCAAAUUAUAAUAAACCACAAGGCGCAGGUAAUUAUCCCACUGCUAACGCUGGUAACAAUUAUAACCACGCAGCGCCACCCCCUUACGCAAGUGGAGGAAACGGCUAUUAUCACCCUCACUCUCAAGGACCACCACCCCCGUAUUCGAGUGGACACGGCUAUGGAGGAUAUGGCGGACCAGGACCUUAUAGUCCACAGGCACCUGGGUAUUUUGGAAACUACGCAAAUAGCGGCAGGGGUUUUGGAAGUGUCGGUCGCACAGGAAGUGCUUUAACUGGAGUGGGUAUUGCCGGUGCAGGAAUCGGAACUGUUUUGACCGGUUUAGCCUUAUGGAAUUUAGCUAGAUCGACUGGUAGUCAUCACCAUACUGUAAUAUAUGAUAACCGAGGUCAACCUAUAGCAGUAGCUCCAGAUAAUAGUACUGCACCAGCUGUCGAUCCGAUUUUGGGUGAUUUGGUUAAUUGCACACUUACAAUAGAUAAUGAAAAUGCUACAGAAAUCAUAGCCAUACCUUGUUCAAUUGCAACAUCCUUUACCCCAGACGCUGAUGUAAAAGACGUCAGUGUAAACAAUCAAACAAACGAUAAAACAAAAUGUACGAUAACUGUUGUUACGAAAGCUGGUAAAGAAUUCAUGACAACUAUUCCAUGUUCUGUAUUACUAAACACAGCUGCUGAAAAUAACGUUACGGAGCCUGCUAUCCUUGAUGACCCAACGAAAAUUGAAAAUGGAACUGUCCCCGAAAAUAAUACAUUAAUUUAUUCCGAUCAACCGACUGCCCUGCGAUUUUCUACAACUGACGAAAACCCAAAGUAUGAAGAAACUGAUUUUAAUUGUACCCAGGAAGAAGGGGAAAUUCGAGAUCCGAUCAAUCCUUGUUUUAGUGUAAAGCACAAUUUAACUGUUAUUCCGCUUCACACCACCGAACAUAUUAUGCAAACCUGAAAUCAUCAUUAUGUAUGUUACAAAAUUUAGGUCUUGAAUUAUGUUUAAGUAAUUUUACAGCUAUUAUUUAUUUACUGUAGAGUCAUUAAUAAUUCAUUUAU